AUGUCCUUUGUAAAUAUUUGCCGUGAUAACACCGAUCCGUUUUACCGUUAUAAGAUGCCCUUGAUCCAAUCCAAGGUGGAAGGUAGAGGUAACGGGAUCAAAACUGCCAUUGUCAACUUGGACGAAGUUGCCAGAGCCUUAGCCAGACCUCCUUCAUACGUUGUGAAGUAUUUUGGGUACGAAUUAGGUGCUCAGACUACGGACAAAGGUGGUAGAUAUAUCGUCAAUGGUGCCCACGAGGCCUCCGAAUUGCAAGAUUGCUUAGAUGGAUUCAUCAGCAAGUUUGUCUUAUGUCCAAGUUGUAAGAACCCGGAAACUGAAAUCCAAAUCAAGGAAAAGGGAGUUUUGCAAAGAGAUUGUAAAGCUUGUGGUCACAUUUCAUAUUUGGACCCAAGACACAAGUUGAUCUCUUUCAUCUUGAAGACUGUAGGAACAGGAAAGAAGGGUAAGAAGGCCGCCACUGCUAGUGCUAUUGCCAGCGGACAGUCCAUCACUGAAAUUGCUGCCAACCACACUACCAGCAGCUCGAAUGCUGCCACCGAUGCUGCCAUCACUGAGAAUGAUGACGAUGAUGUUUUGACCAAGAAGAUCAAGGCUGAAGCCGCUGCCUUGAAGCAACAAGAAAUCGAAGUUGCUGACGAUGACUGGGCCGUUGACAUGUCCAAGGAAGCCAUUGAAGCCAGAGCAAGAGAACUCGAGGGUCUUUCCUUGGGUGCAGAAAACCCAGAACACGCAAGAUUCAACGAAUUCGGUGAAUGGCUCUUACAAGAAGGUGGUGAAGACAAGGAAGAGUUACCUUCUGACAUUGAAAUCUAUAAGAAGAUUGUUGAAUUAGAAAUCUCCGGACAACCAGAAACAGUACAAGUGUUAGCACAAGUGUUAUUCAAUGAAGACUUGAUUGAACAGAUUGACGAACAUCUUGGAUUAUUGGCCAAGUUGAUCAACCACGAUCCUGAAAACGAAAAGGCAUUCCUUGGUGGUUUGGAGCGUUACUUGGGUUUAGAAAACCAAGACCUUAUUCCAGCUUUACCAAAGAUCUUGAUGUCCGUCUACGACAAGGAUUUGAUUAGUGAGGAAGUUAUAAUCGAAUGGGGAUCCAAGGUUUCCAAGAAGUACGUUCCAAAGGACGUCUCUAAGAAGGUUCGUAAGGCUGCCAAGUCAUUUGUGAAAUGGUUACAAGAAGCUGACGAAGAAAGUGAAGAUGAAGAUUAA